GCCAACCAAUGGGAGCGAGGAUAGUUGGCGGGUGUGUGCGCCAUUUUGGGCCGUUUCGCAACGUCGCUCGUAGUUAUCAAUGAUUGUCCCUCUUCAUCAUUUGUCCGCUUCAACGAAUAAUUGGCUAAAAAUGACGAGCCACGCAAGAAAUACAAGAGUCAGCUGUACGGGCGACGGCGGUAGUGACCCAAUUUACUGCACCUUGGGGUGACGAGGAGGAUUUAAAAAAAAAAGAAAACACGCCACCGCGGCGGACCGAAGUACGAGACCCGUGAAGUCUCACUUCUGGUUUUUUUUCUUCUUCUGGAAUGCUGCAUGUCGAAAGCCCACGCGUGGAUCCCGUGGUGUGUAAAUAAGUGAUAAGAGAUGCCAGCAGCUGUUAGCCUCAAGGUGCCGUAAAGCAAGGAGCCAGGAUUAAACAGCUUAUGAACAUCUGAUACUGUGAAGGCCAUGUUGGAUUCCCUCCACACAACGUUGGCGUCAAUCAACCUUUACCCGUCGCCCCAGAGCACCCGCGACUUCUCCCCACUUCACCUUUCGCACAGCCGGGCCGCCGGGAAAAGGGUCGACGUGGCGCCGUCAGCCGCCUUCAGUUGUUAAACAGGUUUUGUAAAAUGUCUUCUGCAUACCAGCAUCUGCUCUCGUGGAGUUUACCUCACCUCCUCCUGCUGCCACUCACCCACCUCCUACUCCUGGCCCCUCCCACAGGCGUAUCAGCAGAUCUCUGCCGGGUCACGGGCGGGGUGCUGGGGAUCCAGUGGAGCAGCGUCCUCGGCCUUGGCUGGUACCCUCUUGCAGAGGGGAAAGGCGGGGCGACAUGUUGGGAGGCCUGCUGCCUGAAUCCCAGCUGCAACGCUGUGUGGAUCCUCAGUGGGCGAUGCGUGCUUCUUCGUUGCUCCUUGAAGGGCGGCUGCCCCAUCUUUUAUAUGCCCCAACCCCACGAAGAGUCGCUCGGCCUCUUUCAGAUGCUCUCCAAGGGUCCUGCCACAAAAAGAGGGAGGAGGGUCCGCCAAGCACAACAAGGCCCACAAACAGAAUUACAGACCAGCACGGAAAACUCAAAACUAAGCACGGCACACCCGACUCUGUUGGCGCCCAGCACCAGCGUAGUUCCACAAGCAGAGCAGAGGAACACCAGUCAAGUGAACGGCAGCAGUGAACGCGCCUCGGGUCCCUCCCAGCAGAACUCCACCAUCGAUGACACCAGUGAGGUCGCCACUUCUUCCAAUACCAGUGAUGUCGUCACACCUCCAACACAGGCUGCAGUGAGGGAGCUGGUGGUGUCGGCAGGGGAGAGUGCUGAGGUCACGCUACCGCGCGACCAUGUCGAGCUGAAUGCCUUUGUGUUGCCAACACCUCCGCCAGAUACAAAGUAUGCAUUUGACUGGCGUCUGAUAACACAUCCCAAAGAUUACAGCGGGCAGAUGGAAGGGCAGCACAGCGAGACCCUGAAACUCAGCCAGCUGACGGUUGGCCUGUAUGACUUUGAGGUGACCGUGGAUGGGAAGGGCGCGCAUGGACAAGGUUACGCCAAUGUUACUGUGAAGCCAGAGCUGCGGGUAAACAAGCCCCCUGUUGCUGUGGUUUCCCCAAAGUUCCAAGAGAUUUCCUUGCCAACAAGCUCUACGGUGAUUGACGGCAGCCAGAGCACAGACGAUUACAAAGUGGUGGUGUGGCAUUGGGAGGAGGUCAAAGGUCCCCUCAGGGAGGAGAAGGUCUCUGCCAACACGGCCGUCCUCACCCUCACCAACUUGGUGCCGGGGAACUACACAUUCAACUUGACUGUGACCGACUCAGAUGGUGCCCAAGACUCAACACAAGCCACCCUGUCUGUCAACAAAGCCAAGGAUUACUGGCCCGUUGCAAAUGCCGGCCCUAACCAGGUCAUCACUUUGCCACGCAACUCCAUCACAUUAUACGGGAACCAGAGCUUAGACGACCACGACUCCCUGGCCUAUGAGUGGUCCCUCACCCCUGAGAGCAAAGACAAGGUUGUGGAGAUGCAAGGUGUGCGCACGCCCAUCUUGCAGCUGUCGGCCAUGCAGGAGGGGGACUACACCAUCCAGCUGACUGUGACGGAUACAGCCGGACAGCAAGACACAGCCCGGGUCAUAGUUAUUGUGCAGCCAGAAAACAAUAAGCCACCAACGGCAGACGCGGGGCCGGAAAAGGAGCUGACACUGCCAGUUGAUCGAACUACACUUGAUGGCAGUAAGAGCAGGGAUGACCAGAAGAUCGUCACCUUCCACUGGAAACAGAGCAGUGGCCCAGAGGGUGUGAAGAUUGACAACGCCGACAGUGCUGUUGCCACGGUGACCGGUCUGGAGGUUGGCACCUACGAAUUCACCCUGACUGUGACCGAUGAGAGGAAGCUGCAGAGUAGCGACACGGUCACGGUCAUCGUCAGAGAAGAACUGGACCAGCCUCCCGUGGCGCACGUGGUUUCCAGUCCUUCCGUCUCUCUGCCCGUGCGAACAGCCACCCUGGAUGGAUCUCACUCUACCGACGACAAAGGUGGUGUCAGCUACCUGUGGACCAGAGACAACAGCAGCCCCGCGGCCGGGGAUGUGCUGAAAAACUCCGAUCACCAAGCAGUCUUGUUUUUGGGAAACCUGGUGGAGGGCAAGUACCAAUUCACCCUGACUGUAACGGACAGUAAAGGUCAAAGCAGCACAGACCACGGCACAGUGGAAGUUAAAGCAGACCCGUGGGAGCGUGACCAGGUGGAGCUGGUGUUGGAGGUGCCCAUCACGCAGGUUUCCCACCGUCAACGUGACAUGCUGCUGCGCCAGGUUGGAGUGUUGCUCGGCGUGCUUGAUAGUGACAUCAUUGUUCGAGAGAUCAGUGCAUUCAAUGAGCUAAGUACUCGAUUGGUCUUCCUGGUGUCAGGCGGUCCAGGGCGCCCUCCUCUGUCUGGCCACAGUGUUGCACUUAGCCUGCGCAACAAGCUACGCAAACAGAAGAACGACUUUCUCAUUUACAAGACGCGGCGGGUGGACACAGUCAUCUGCCAACUCAACUGCUCCAGUCAUGGCGAGUGUGACUCCUUCACGCGGCGCUGUGUCUGCCAGCCUUUCUGGAUGGAGAACCUCAUCAGGGCCCAGCUGGGAGAUGCAGAGAGCAAUUGUGAGUGGAGUGUACUGUAUGUGACCAUAGCCUCCUUUAUGAUUGUGGUUGCUGUGGCGACGGUUGUCUGGGGCGUGGUGUGUUGCUGUGACAGACGGAAGAACAAAGCACGCAGAAGCAAAAGCCGAUACAAAAUGUUGGAAGCUGACGAGCAAGACAUUCUGGAGCUGCAACCACACAGAGCUGGCCGCGUCAAGCCAGCGCCCGCCCCCACCUCCUCUGCCCUCAUGCACUCCGACUCCGACCUGGACAGCGAUGACGGGCACGUCGGGGUACCGUGGAAGGAGCAGGAGCGCGGGCAGCUUCUCCGAGCGCAAAACGGCUUCCUGAGGAACGGCCAGGGUCCAGCGAGGGGAAAGAAGCACAGAGACGAGCUGCUAUAGCAAAAGAGAAGGUGACGCUCACCUCUCUCCACACACACACACACACACACACACACACACACACACACACACACACACAC